CGCUCGCCGGCGCACCGCGCCGCCACUUUCGCAACACAUACCUUUAAUCAGAAAAUAUUAAAACAUGAAACACUGUUGUAAACGGAAAGUGACUUUAAAGUGAACUUAAUAAGUGAGAGUGAGUGCACCGUGACAAUGAUAGUCGAUAUACAAGAGGAGGUUAGAGGGAAGAGGCCUUUUAAGAUAUGGGACAGUUCUCGAAACGUGAGGAAGGGGCUGGUGGUGACUAGCUUCGAAGAGCUCAUACACAGAGGCAAGGAGAAGUUGUCGGUGGCGGCAGGCGAGCCCGUGCGGCUCGUUCUCGAGAGCGACGGCACACAGGUAGAGGACGGCGACUACUGGCGCACUUUGCCGCCCAAUACCGUACUGCUGCUGCUGCGGCCGGGCGAGCGAUGGUACCCCACCGGCGUCGACGUCAUCAAGGCUGCUAUAUCGGCGAUUCCAAAAAUCGUGUGCGAGACGAUACACGCGCUCGAAUUACACGAUGAAACGCCUUCAUGGAAAAUCAUGGACAACAAGGGGCGAGUCACAGUGGUGCUGCACUGGGACCAGCGGCCGCAGGCGUCGCCGGCCGCGCGCUCGCCGUCGCGCGCCAAGCCCGACCGGCGGCCGUCGCUCGUGAUCCAGACGUCGGUGGAGCGGCCGCCGCCGCCGCACAUCACAGUGGUGAACCACGACGAGCCGCGUCGCGCGCGCGCCGCCUCGCUGGAGCAACACGUGCACACGGCCGACUGCCGCGCCGCGCCGCCGCCGCACGCGCGCACCGCCAGCGACGAGUGCGACUUCCACUGCUGCGCGCUGCACGAGGAGGGCCGCCGCAUCGCCGUGCACAAGAGUGUGGCCACGUCGCCCAUCCAGGACGCGCAGCCGCGCGCGUCGCCGCAGGGCCGGCCCAAGGGCCACGUGCGCUUCCUGGACGCCGAGUCGGCGCGGCGCGGCGAGCGCGACUCCUCCGAGAGCGAGACGGAGAACACGCUGGUGGAGGACGAGGCCGUUACCUCCGAGAAGUUCCUGUUGCUCAUCGACCAGCUAAGCGUGGAUCAGAAGCGACACCUCACCAUCAAGGACAUCGGCAUUAUUCUGGAGCGCCUCAGCUCCAAAAUCCUGGACGUGGAGCGGCUGGACCGCGAGUCGGAGUCGGACGACUGUUACAACUGGACCAUCAAGGCCACCAUCCGCGGCGACGCGCUGCGAGAGCUGGGCGUCAUCUACAACGGCAACUACUACGCCAUCAGCGAGCACCCCGGCUACCGGGAGGAGAACGAGGAGGCCGGCGACGAGGGCGAGGAGGAGGAAGAGGAGGACCGGCUCUGA